AUGGAGCUCCUGACAGCUAUAGGUUUAAAGGUGAUGAAUGGUUCAGUGCUCUUUGGCAUACAGGCGCUUCACUCCUGGGCUGCCUCUCCUCCUGCCAGAGAAGCACAAGCUGCAUUGCUUUCCCUCACCUGUAAUGACACUGCUGCAGAGAAGGCUGCAGAUCUGGCUCUUUGCCAGAUCAAUGCUGACAGAAAUGAGGGCUAUGUGCUCAGCCUGUGCUGAAUUUUCAGUGUCCAAAAACAUCCUCAGGAGAUCACUGGUUCUGUCUUCUAUCUCAUCUUGGAUGUAGUAGAUACUGAAUGACAUGUACUCAGCAAAAAGUUGUGGAAAAACUGUAUGGCCAGAUUUGAUCAUACAACUGUUUAUGGUCAAUGAAAAGCAAUUAUUUACAUUAAUCAGGCAAGAAAUUUUUCUCAUCUGAAAACUUACGAGUGCAUUUUACAACCAGUUCCACCCAGAUAUAUUUGGACAGUAUGUCCUGACUGCCCAGCUGAUGACAAUCCAACUGAGCCAAAAUAUUUGGAAGCUGCUGUUCAAAGCCUUGCCAAGUUCAAUGUAAAGAGUGAACAAACUCAUUAUUUCUCUGUCCUUGAUGUCACAAGAGUUUCAAUGCAGUGGGUUGAAGGUCCUGCAUAUUUUGUAGAAUUUUCAAUCCAGGAAACAUCCUGCUCCAAAAAUGACACAAUUGCUGACAUCUCCAAGGGCAAGCCACUUUCAUCAGAACUAGCUCAAAUAGGCUUCUGCAAAGGCCCUGUAGUAGGGAACAGGAAGUUUGUCACAAUAUCCUGUGAAAUCUAUAGUUACCAAGAUCCUGCCACUGAGGAGGGGAAACAGCAAGCUAAUCAGACAUCUGUAAAUUCUAGCCAGAAUCAACAAGCUUUCCCUUCAGAAACCAAUCCUUUCUCCCCACACCUAGAAAAAACAGUGGGCUGGGUUAAGAUUCUACCACCUUCAACUGAGGAGGUCUCUUUCAAAAAUCUACCAAAAAGUCAAAAUAAACAUAAAGAUGGAAAGCCAGUUCCACCUGAGGCUGUAGGACAUAUGCCCAAUCUCGACGGAGAAAAGACUCAAGCAGACAAACCAGACACCACCAAACCAGUUACUGGACCACUUAUUCUCCCUUUUCUUGAAGAAGUUUCUCUAUCAGACUCAUGCCCAGGAGAAGCAAGGAAGAUAAAUUCCUCCCUCCAGCCUUUGUUGCCUCAAAAGCCUACCAAAGUCUAG